ACAUUAUUACACACAAACUGACAAACACAAUACAAACAGUUCAUUCCAAUUUCCCUCAAGAAUCCUCCCAUCUCAAAAAAUGAACCAAAUUAGCGUACUAAUGACCUACCCCAUGUUCACAAACCUCGAAAAAUUGCUCGAAAAGCACUACAACCUCUUAAGACUAUGGGAACUCAAAGACCAUGAACAAGAACACUUCUUGAAAGCAAAUGCAGACACAAUCAAAGCAGUUGUGGCUUGUGCUGAGGCAGGGAUCAACAAAAAGAUGAUUAAUUUGCUGCCAAGAUUAGAGAUUGUUUCCACAUUUAGUGUUGGUUAUGACAAGAUUGAUUUGAUCAAGUGUAGAGAGAGGGGGGUUAAGGUUACUAAUACUCCUGAUGUGGUUACUGAGGAUGUUGCUGAUUUGGCUAUUGCUCUUGCUUUGUCUACUUUGAGGAAGAUUUGUGGUGCUGAUGGGUUUGUCCGAAAAGGGUUGUGGAAAAUGGGGGAUUUUUGCAUUAGUACUAAGUUAAGUGGUAAAUCUGUUGGGAUUGUCGGACUGGGAAGAAUUGGUUCAGCCAUUGCAAAGAGAGCUGAAGCAUUUAACUGCCCUGUUAGUUACUACUCAAGAUCCAGGAAACUCAACAAUGAUUACAAGUACUACACCAAUAUCAUUGAUUUGGCUGCCAAUUGCCAGAUCCUAUUUGUUGCAUGUGCUCUUACUGAGGAGACUCGCUACAUUAUCAACCGUGAAGUUCUUGAUGCAUUGGGUAGAGAAGGCAUUCUGAUCAACAUUGGCCGAGGACUACAUGUUGAGGAAUCUGAACUUGUUUCUGCGUUGCUUGAUGGUCGUUUAGGUGGAGCUGGAAUAGAUGUAUUUGAAAAUGAGCCUGAUGUACCUGAUCAACUAUUCGGACUCGAUAAUGUAGUUCUCCUGCCUCAUGUUGGGACCUCGACUAUGGAAACCUGCACAGAAAUGGCAGACCUUGUGAUCAAGAACUUGGAAGCACAUUUCAAAAACGAGCCACUGCUGACUCCAGUUUUGUAACUGUAAGAGGUAUAGAUCACCUUAGAAAUUUGUUUGUUCUGAGUUAAUAAACCCAGUUCUGAGAUUUUGGUGGUAAUACUUAUGGUAAUGUUGGAGAUUGACACGGAAUUUAUUCUCAUCUUAAUAUAUUUGUGGGUGUUACAUUAAUAGUAAGAAACACAAUAUGUUUUCCUCAAGGUUUAGAAAGUUUGGUAUAUUAGUUCCGUUAUUUCAUUGAUAUCAAUUACUCUGUGAGACUCCCUAUGCUGGACAUUAAGAACAAUUGCUGGCUUUUGAGUACAAGAAAUUGUUUAUAUAUGUUAGAGCGACAGUCCAAAGAUGAUGCUCUAGAUUUCUACAGUAGUAUAUGGAGCCUUAGUAGACUUCUCCUAGAUUUUCCUUUAACUUUACUUGUUGAUUGAGACUGUGUUUAGGAUCUUUUCUUUUCCAAAAACAAAAAGAUGAAAUUGUGGUGCUUAGGACUCUCGCCCAAGCACGUUUGCAUUCUUAUAGGUUGCGUGCAUUAGUAAUAGUCUGAUUGCAGAUUUUACACCUGUUUUAAAUGCUUCCUUUAAUACUAUGACUGCAGAUUGCGCACCUGUUUUUAAUGCUUCCUUCAUACUUAGAUGUUGAUAGAUAACAGUCUUUCCCUUCCCCCUUUUUGGGAUUCUGUGAAUUACAGCUCCUUUGGAGCAUUCAACUGGUAUUUAUAUUAAACAAGAAGUCAUGAUUCAUGCUUUUAAUUGUCAAAGACUUGUCUGGAAUUCUCAAAUUAAGUCACUUUGAUGAAUCUCUCAUCUCAUUUAGCCUUAAAUAUCAAGAAACACGGUACAAAGAAAUGCAAAUGCAAAGGUUGUGCUCAUAUUACAAAGAGGGCACAGAAAAAGCUCCUCCAUGACAAUUUACAAAGAGCUCACAACGGUUUACAAGUUCCGACCCUAGAACCUUCUACCUUACUACAAGCCAGCUAUCGACAGAAACAAGAUAAACAAACUUCAAACUACAGUUCUUCUCUAUAACCCUUUGCAUUCUCGCAACUAGAUGCUUCAUCAUCACGGAGAUGAUGGGGGCGUAGAAGCAGCUCCCUUGAAAAUAAGGAAGUUGAGAGUCUCCACAGUAAAGUAAAUGAAAGUCCCUGUAGUGUGAGUGAAGAAACAGCCAAAGUUUGAUCCCACAACACAUUGCCAGCCAUUCCCAUAUUUCUUAUCAAAAUCCUGUCCAUGUAAACUAACAACAAUCAGAAAUCCCCGAUAAAUAUACUGAAUUAUACGAUGAUUAUGAGUGUGAUUGUCUACCUUCUUGAUGUGUGCAGCAAUGGAUUUGCAGUCAAGAACAUCAUAAACAUCAAGUGCUUGAGAAGCUGAGGCCAUGGCUUGGAUCUGCAUCUUCAGUGGCAUGUCUGUGUCUUCUAUCAGAGCUUUCCCCUCCAGCAUCUUCCUGUUAAAGUCUUUACUUGGGUGUUCUUUUUAAUGGAGCUCUAGUUUUUCUUGUGAGUCUUUAGUGAAUGCAGGAGAGACAGAAAGCUACAAAUGGGGACUAGAGAAUUCAAAGCUAAAAGAGUCAUCCUCUUCCAAAUGUCAAGGAACCAUUUGAUGUGGAUUCUUAUGAUGGCACGUCCCCCAACCUCUGCUGUCAUUUCUUCCCUCACUUCAAAGACUUAUUCUACUCUC